AUGGACACCUUCGGUGUUGCAUUACGUAUCGCUUUAGUCAUGUAUCUCAUCAGCCCUGGAUCAUCAACUUGUCUGCUCGGUUGCUCCUGUACAGAUGAAAACCUUGGGAGAUCUUUACUAUGUAUGGAAACCUCCCUGGGGCGAAUCCCGGAAGACAUCCCUGAUAACUUCACAAAAAUCAGAAUAGAGAAUUGCCACCUGACCGAGUUACCUCACAGAUCGUUCUCCCACGUCCGUGCCUUGGAGUUCCUGUGGCUAAACUUUAACGACAUCACCCUCAUGAACAUUAAAAGCCUAGAGGGGCUCGAUAACCUGACAGAACUGAGGCUACAAGGAAACAAGCUGACUUCAGUGCCAUGGACAGCUUUUCAAGACACACCCAAACUCAAGAUUUUGGACCUGAAGCACAAUCGACUGGAUGUGCUUCCCGAGCACGCUCUGAGACACCUACCAGGACUGACCUAUUUAGAUUUAUCCUUCAAUCAGCUUAGUGUCAUAUCAAAAGAAGUUUUCACCAAUUGGCCCCUUUACCAAACGGCCGAGAAAGCCUGGGGCAAAGAAGGUGUGGUGGCCAAUGUGGUUCUGGCGCUCCACGACAACCCCUGGUUAUGCGACUGCCGCCUCAAAGGCUUCGUUGAAUUCAUCCGGACGGUCGGCCCGCCCAUCAUUCUGAUGAACUCCUAUCUGAUGUGCUCCGGGCCCUCUUCCAAAGCAGACAAGUACUUCCACGAGGUCCAGCUGAAAACGUGCAUGAAGCCCGAGGCCUCUGCUCCAGAAACAAACAUUUCAUUACCUCUUGGUGCAAAUGCAACACUCACAUGCUUAGUGAAGGCCAGGCCGGGCCCGACCAUUCACUGGAUGUACAGACUGAAGAUUAUAAGAGGAUUUGCCGCUAUAGAGACCCAAGCAGACGAGGAGACUGUUACCUCUCAGCUGGUGAUUCCCUCGCUCCACCUGGUGGAUCGAGGAGUCUACACCUGCACGGCUAACAACUUCAUCGGCAACUCCUCUGUCAACAUUUCGCUCAACGUCAGCUCCUCCAAUUCCUCCAGCAGCCUCUCUCCGCCUGUCCCCAUGCUCUCGUCGGAUGAAAACGUCUACAUUGAUAUCCGCAUUGCCAAACAGACAGUUUACGGUAUCACCCUGGAGUGGCAUGCAGUAACAGAGAACCCAUCGGAAACCUGGUUCACCAUCCACUUUGGUAAAUACGAUUCGCCCAAGAAGGAGAUGAUCUACAUUGGGCCCGGCAUCAAUAGCUACUCAGUCAGCGAUCUGCUUCCCGCCACCAAAUACGAGGUGUGUGUGACCUUGAAGAACCACCCGCCCAGAGACGGCCAGUGCAUCGUCUUUGUGACGGGAAGCGACAUCAGUGAGCUGGAGCAGCGGGAGCGGCUCAUCCACAUCAUCGUGAUCGUGUGCGCCAUGGUGCUCUCCGUGCCCGCCGGCAUGUACGCCUGCACCACGGAGGCGCGCUUCAGCUGCGUGGAGCGCUGCGUGAACCUGUGGAAGAAGAGAAGGAUGCGGGGGGAAAACCUGCAGGCGACGGACAGGCAGGGCACCUUCGACAGCCUGCAGGCAGCCAGCGAUGAAGGCCUGUGCAGGGACUCCAAGGAGAAGCCCAAGAAGAGGCGGAAGUCUGAAGAUCGGUGCAAAGGAGGCAGCGCAGCUCAUCUGUACUAG